UUGACCCUGCUUCUGUUCAUAGGUAGAGAGAGAGAGAGAAAAGAUAGUAGCUAGCAGGCAUAUAUGAAUGAUGAUCAUAGCAUGGAGGUCAUCAUCAUCUCUAUCUGUUCUUCUAUUUCUGAGGAAAUAUAUCUCAUCUUUCUUCCUAGGUUGAUUUUCAUGGUUCCCUCAUCAAGAGCACAACACUGAGCAAAACCAUCUCCCACUUCUUCUCAUCAAUUUGCAUCCACACAUCACCACCACUUUGAUCCCUAACCUUCUUAUUCUACUUAUCUUCCUCUAAGUUUUUAACUCAGUUCUAGAGGAGGGAUAUAUUCUGAGUUGUAUUGUGGGAUGGAUAACCAACCUUGAUGAUAACACAUCCAAGGUCGACACAGAUUAACAAGACCUGAAAGCAAUACUCGAGGUUAAUUAUUUUCAUGGCUCGAGAAUUGUGUGAAGAAAAAUCCAAGGACAUGGCUUCAUCAACGGGGUUCUUCUACUCUGAUGUGUCAUCAAAUAACCCAACGCAUCUGAUGAACCACAUCCAAGGCUUUGUCACCGACCCAGAAAUGUUCAAUCUCACUACCGGCAUGGAGAUGAUAGGGUUUUCCAAGAAUCUUCAGCCACACAGUAGUGAAAGCAACGGUGCCAUGUGGAAAAGUUUCUUCGGAAAACCAGGUCAACACGCAGGUCCUUCCUCUUCCAAAACGAUGAACGAGUCUUCCAGCAAUUAUUAUAACCAUCAUGAGUAUAAUAGUAAUAAUAAUAAUAAUAAGCAAGAUUUCACAUCAGGGAUUUCCGAGACAAGUAGCGAGAACUUAAUCGUGGGUGGUGGCCAUGAUUCUUCUGCCCCGUGGCAAGAGAACAGGUUAAUGGUCGAUGAUUCUUCUUUAAGGUGCGUAUUCCCUUGUGAAGGUAACGAAAGGCCUAGUCAAGGCCUUUCACUCUCUCUUAGUUCAACCAACCCAUCAAGCAUCGGGUUGCAAUCUUUUGAGCUGAGACAAACAAGCCAUCAGCAGCAUCUUUCUGAUUUUGUUUCGAGAGAGGGGAUGUUUGGAAAAUCAGUGACCGCUCAACAACAACAACAACAAAUGUUGCAAGAUGGGUAUUUGAGUACCAAUUCCAAAGCUGUGAAUAUUUAUCAGGGACAUUUUCUAAUCAAGAACUCCAAGUUCUUGGUUCCUGCUCAGGAGCUUCUGAACGAGUUUUGUAGUCUAGGAACAAAGGAAAAUGAUGUAGCAAAGAUAAAGAACAAGCAGUGGGAAGAGGGUGGUGGUGGUUCCUCAAAGAACCAUUCUCUUAGCUCUUUAGAGUUCGUGGAACUGCAGAAGAGAAAAACAAGGCUCCUCUCGUUGCUGGAAGAGGUUGAUAGAAGAUACAAGCACUAUUGUAACCAAAUGAAGGCUGUGGUCUCCUCCUUUGAAGCAGUGGCGGGUAAUGGGGCAGCCACAGUUUACUCAGCCUUGGCUUUGAAAGCCAUGUCUAGACAUUUCAGGUGUUUGAAGGAUGGAAUCAUGGAUCAAAUUCAAGCCACGAGAAAAGCCAUGGGAGAGAAAGAUCCCGUUGCACCAGGCACAACAAGGGGCGAAACACCAAGGCUUCGAAUCAUUGACCAAUCACUCAGACAACAAAGGGCCUUUCAGCAAAUUAGCAUGAUGGAAACUCAUCCUUGGAGACCCCAACGUGGCCUUCCCGAACGUUCCGUUUCAGUGCUUCGGGCUUGGCUUUUCGAGCACUUUCUCCACCCGUACCCAAGCGAUGUUGAUAAACACAUUCUAGCCCGCCAAACCGGCCUCUCCAGAAGCCAGGUUUCGAAUUGGUUUAUUAACGCGAGGGUGAGGCUGUGGAAGCCGAUGGUGGAGGAGAUGUACAUGGAAGAAGAGAAGGAGCAACAAAACGACGUAGCAUUAGGAUCGUCGGAGAAUAUUCCCGAAGAGGAUCAAAAGGCGUCAGAUGAGAAGCCAACGCAGGGUCGACUCAUUCGAAUCGACUCAGAGUGCGUGUCGUCCAUCGUAAACAACCAAAACGACACGAAGAGCGGCAAAAGCGUCCAAAACGACGAGCGAAUGAAUAAUAAUGCGGAGACGUUCGGGUGUGUGGAGCUGAACUUUUCGUCUUACACACACGAGUCCUCCUCCGGUGGUGGCGUGUCGUUGACGCUAGGGUUACAGCAGCACGGUGAAAGCGGGGUGAGUUUAGCGUUCCCAGCAGCGACACAGUUCUACGCACGGGAUCCGAUUGAAGAGUGUCAAACAGUUCAGUACUCUCUUUUGGACGGCGAAGGACAAAACAUGCCGUAUAGAAAUCUCAUGGGGACACACUUGCUUCAUGAUUUGGUAUGAUAUCAUAUCAUAUCAUAUACAACCAAAUUAAAUAUUUAUAUUCAAUCAUCCAGGACGUUGUUCCAUAUAUUUACAACAUGCUAUAACAUUUCAUCCCCGCUCAAAUUAAUUAUACUAUAAAGCUUAGUUUUUAGUUUUA